UAUCUAUAAGAAUAGCCUCCAUUUUCUAUCUUUUCCAUCUCACUUAUUCAAGCUUUCUUUUGCUUUAGCUUCUUCUUCUUGUUCUUCUUUUGCAUAAUUCGAUUUUGUUCUUCCAAUUUAUGAUCUUUUUCCUCCAAAACUCAUACAGAUUAAAUUACCUUAUUUAGUCUGAAACCUGGCAUAUUUCUUCACUUCUUCUAUUCCUUAGCAAAAACAUUUAUAAAAGGCCUGAAAAUCAUGUAAUAAUAAUUUCCUUCUCUUCUUCCAACCACCACCCCCCCACAAAAAAAUAUAUAUAUACAUUUAAGUUUUGAUGUUUACAUGUUUGAAAUUAAAAUUUCAAUUAAUUACUACUAAUUAGCCAAAUUAAGUAGAAUUCUAUCCACCACUCUGGCAGUAGUUAAAUUAAUUCCUUAGCAAAACCUUUAUAAAAAUCUCUAAAAUCAUGUAAACUCUGUCCUUUUAAUUCAUAAAUUUCUACCCUUUAUAUUUAUAAAACAAAAUAUAUAUAUACAAAAAAAGAAAAAAAAGUCAUCGAAGACCAAAAUAUUGGAAAAAUGCCAGAAACAGAGAUAGGAUCACCGACGGCAGCGUCGGCUCCGGCGACUCCAGGGACACCAGCUCCAUUGAUGUCAUCGUACAGAGUGGACUCGCUAUCUUAUGAUCGGAAGUCGAUGCCCAGAUGUAAGUGCCUGCCUGUGAGUGCCCCAACUUGGGGUGAGCCUCACUCUUGCCUCACCGACUUCCCCACUCCUAAUGUUUCUCUCACUCGCAAGCUCGGAGCAGAGUUCGUGGGGACUUUCAUCCUCAUAUUCGCGGCAACAGCAGGGCCCAUAGUGAACCAGAAGUACAACGGGGCGGAGACGCUGAUAGGGAAUGCAGCCUGCGCUGGGCUGGCGGUGAUGAUAGUGAUACUGUCGACGGGCCACAUCUCAGGAGCCCAUUUGAACCCGUCGCUGACCUUGGCUUUUGCAGCUCUGCGUCACUUCCCGUGGGCCCACGUGCCGGGCUACAUCGUGGCCCAAGUGUCGGGUUCCAUCUGUGCGUCGUUUCUUCUCAAGGCUGUGUUCCAUCCUUUCAUGUCCGGUGGCGUUACUGUUCCUUCCACCAGCCUCGGCCAGGCUUUUGUGCUUGAAUUCGUUAUUACCUUUAAUCUCUUGUUCGUUGUUACUGCUGUUGCCACCGACACUCGAGCAGUGGGAGAGUUGGCGGGUAUUGCAGUCGGAGCUACAGUUAUGCUCAACAUUCUUAUUGCAGGGCCAGCGAGCGGCGGUUCCAUGAACCCUGUUCGGACAUUAGGCCCAGCUGUGGCUGCAGGCAAUUACAGGGCACUCUGGGUAUUCUUAGUGGCACCUACGCUUGGGGCCUUGGCUGGUGCUGGUACCUACACCGCCGUCAAGCUCCGUGACGAUGAGGUCGAUGUUCUCCAACGUGAAGUGCGUACCGUGAGCUUCCGUCGCUAGCCGCUACCGAAUAUGGAAUAUUACAACGUGUUCAUGACGAAGCAAGUAGCAAAGACUACUAGUCUACUACUUGACUAGCUAGAAGUUACCUAGUAAUAGUAAUAGUAUUCGAAUAAUAAUGCAGAAGCAACAUAGGAUGUGACCUAAAGUCUACCCUAUCUUUAUAUGCCGUAACGUGUGUUUGGAUUGUUGUGUAGGGCUCUGGUCGGUAGAGUACUCAUCUCUCAUUGCAUAUAUAGGCUUUUUUUGGCUUGUUGUGAGCAAUGUGGCUAUAGUACUAGACCAGUAUAGUGCUUAAUUUACGUAUUCCCGAUUAUGUGGUGAAGACAAAACUAUUUGUUAUGUAUUAAUUGUUAUUGUUGUUUGGUUUGCUGAUAAAAUAAUAAAUAAAAAAAUUUAAGAGUGCAUGCAUUCCCACUCUUCCA